AUGUCCAUCCUUCAGCCGGUUUCCUAUCCUCUCGGCGAUAUCCGUGCCCUUAGGAAGUACGCCUUUGCUGUCAUUCGACAGUCUAGCUCCGAUGGUCCUACCGUCACUAAACACGGGCUCCAUUACCUCAGGUACGAAGGUAUCAGACUGAGCUCUGCCGAGCUAGGCGGAUUCCUCAGGCGCUAUACCAUCGAGACGAGCAAUGCGCUGAUAGACCUCGUCUUCGGCUUUGCGAAUUGGGAACGCAUCACUCGUGAUCUCAACAUUGCUGAAGUUGGAAGGCGCGAGGAUUGGUCCCGUCCUGCUGCGGAUUUCGGCAUGUCAGACGCUUCAAGUCCAUUCUUUGACUUUUUAGCCCUUCAUGCCUUUGGCCCUGCCGGCAACGAAUGGCUACUCGAGUCCAACGCGGCCACAACCCCUGACGCUACGACCCCUGAGAUCAACCGGGGGACUGCUGCGACCGAGCGAUGCCCUGUUGAGGGAUGCCAAGCCAAGUUUGCACCGCACUCUCACCAGCAGCAUCGAGGCCAGCUGCGGCCUAUCCAUGCCUUCAGAAAUGAAGAUCGGGCUCGGAAAUCCAGAAUGGUGACAAGGUCCUUCUCAGACCUUGUUGACUUUCUCAUGCGGUGCCAACGUUGCCGUAUCCCUUGA